AAUGCAGAUAUAGCAAUCGGUGACUUGACGAUUACUUACGAGCGAGAAGGAGUUGUAGAUUUCACAAUGCCUUUCAUGAACCUUGGAAUCAGCAUCCUCUUCAGGAAACCCGCCAAGAAGGUUCCUAAGCUCUUCUCCUUUCUCUCACCCUUGUCCUUGGAAGUGUGGGUGUAUAUGGUAACUGCCUUCUUAGGAGUCAGUAUCUUUCUUUUCGUCGUAGCUAGGUUCAGCCCGUAUGAGUGGACCAACCCUCACCCUUGUAAUCCAGAUCCGGAUACUUUAGAAAACCAGUUUAGUCUUUUGAAUACCCUGUGGUUUACGAUUGGUUGCUUGAUGCAGCAAGGUUCGGAGUUAAUACCUAAAGCGAUGUCCACCCGUGUGGUUGCUGGCAUCUGGUGGUUCUUUACCCUCAUUAUGGUAUCCUCGUACACAGCUAAUCUAGCAGCUUUUCUUACUGUGGAAAGACUGGUCACUCCGAUAGAGAGCGCAGAUGACCUGGCCAAACAGUCCACUAUUCAUUACGGAUGCGUCCAGUCUGGUUCCACCCUAGCUUUUUUUGAG